AUGGAAAUGGAAGAUGUUAUUCCAGAGGUUUCGUUGAGUGCUGUAGGAGACAAGGCCAUGCCCAUCGUGGGCAUGGGAACUACAGCAUAUCCCCCUGUCGACGAUGAAACCAUAAAAUCAGCAGUGGUUGAUGCAAUCAGGGUUGGUUAUCGACACUUUGAUACUGCUUUUGCAUACCGGUCGGAGAAACCUCUUGGCGAAGCCAUCGCAGAAGCCCUACGCCUUGGGCUAAUCAAAUCCCGAAGUGAGCUCUUCAUCUCAACCAAGCUUUGGUGCAGCUUCGCCGAGCGCAACCUCGUUGUUCCUGCCCUCAAAUUGAGUCUUGGGAAUCUCAAAUUAGAGUACGUUGAUCUUUUCCUCAUACAUUGGCCCUUAAGAUUGAGUCAAGAGGUACGUCAAUUGCCAAUAAUUCAGAAAGAGCAUAUCCUUCCACUUGAUCUCAAAUCUGUGUGGGAAGGUAUGGAACAGUGUCAGGCACUUGGCCUUACAAAAUCAAUUGGUAUUAGCAACUUCUCUUGUAAGAAGCUCCAUGAGAUCCUCGCCUUUGCAAAUAUCCCUCCCGCCGUCAAUCAAGUGGAGAUGAACCCACUUUGGCAACAGAAGAAACUAAGAGAGUACUGCAAGGCAAAGGGGAUCCAUGUCACUGCUUACUCUCCUUUGGGUGCAAAUGGAACUAAAUGGGGAGAUAACAGAGUUGUAGGGUGUAAUGUAUUGGAAGAGAUUGCUAAGGCUAGGGGGAAGACAACUGCUCAGGUCUCUCUAAGAUGGAUUCUUGAGCAAGAGGUGAGCAUGGUAUUCAAGACUUUUAGCAAGGAGAGGAUGAAGGAAAACCUCCAGAUCUUCGAUUGGUCUCUGACGGGGGAGGAGUUAGAUAAGAUCAGUAAGCUCCCACAGCGCAAAAUAGUUCUUUCUGCCUCCAUUUUUGGGCACCAUGAUUUGACGGUGGAGCUUGAUGAAGAGAUAUAAUGACCUAUAGAUGUGGGAUUUUUCAGAUGGAUUUACUGUUUUCCUUGGAAUCAUGUGACUAACCAGGUUAUCAUUCAAACAAAAUUUCAAGGUGUCGGACUAUUUCUUCGUAGAAAUCAAAUUUAGAAUCAUGAUCUUGUCUCUGAAACUGUAACUAUAUAUUUCUUUUUCUUUGUGUGUUUGUUUUGAUUUUUUUUUUUCUUUUUUACUUGUUUUUGGGGGUAGAUACCCGAUUGCCUUUGUUCAAGAGAUAUGAUUCCUCCAAUAAAUCAGUUGUAGUUGUUACCAUCGUGGUUUUAUUGCUAUUAGUCAAUCGGGUUAAUAUCGAUUUCAUUCA